AUGUUGAACAUCCACUUUCCAGAUGCUCUAUGCAACCAUCACCAAGAUGGUCAUGUGCCAGGAGGCACAAUAACCGCUGAACCACAAUUGGACAACACUUCACUAGUCACUACAAACAGUCGAACCACAGAGCAGCCUCCAGAUCAGAGCAACCCAUGUGCACUUGCGUACACGUCGAAAGAAAGCCUGAAACACCACUUGCUUGCACAGUGUCACAAUGAGUCUGAAAUGUGUCCAGCUACUCCAUCGGAUGCUCAGAUGGGAGAGGAGGGUUUUGAGUUUGGUCAGAGAGGGAGCUUUCAGCAGCACAAGCGGACACAUACGUGCGAGAAGCCAUACAAGUGCCAUUCCUGCCCGGCGGAAUUCAGCCAGAACGGGCUCCUCCAGCGUGACAAGCGGACACACACUGGCAAGAAACCACACAAGUGCGAUGUUUGCCCUGCUAAGUUCAGCAGAAGUGCGACCCUACAACAGCACAAACGGGCACAUACGGGCGAGAAGCCACACAAGUGCAAUGUCUGCUCUGCAGAGUUCGGCCGUAGCGAUAGCCUACUGGAUCACAAGCGGACGCAUACGGGCGAGAAGCCAUACAAGUGCGAUGCCUGCCCGGCAGAGUUCAGUGAGAGCAGGAGUCUGCAGCAGCACAAGCGGGGACACACAGGCGAGAAGCCAUUCAAGUACGAAGUCUGCCCUACUAAGUUCAGCAAACGUGUGACCCUACAACAGCACAAACGGACACAUACGGGUGAGAAGUCACACAAGUGCAAUGUCUGCCGUGCUAAGUUCAGAAAAAGUCGGACCCUAAAACGGCACAAACUGACACACAUGGGUGAGAAACCAUACAAGUGCAAUCUUUGCCCUGCGGAGUUCAGUCAGGGAGGGAACUUACAGCAGCACAAGCGGAUACAUACGGGUGAGAAGCCAUACAAGUGCCUGCCUGGCGGAGUUCAGCAAAAAGUUCAGCCAGAGCAGACACCAGACAAGACAGACAGACUCGAAGCCGUACAGGAGCAUUCCCUGUUCUGCAAAGUUGAGGUAUUGCCAAACCUGGAGCAUUACAAGUGGACGUACGUGGGUGUGAAGCCCUACAAAUGCAACUUGUGUUAUGCAGAGAUCAGUCACGGGACCAACAGGCGCCAGCCAGACGACCGAAUAGCUGCUGGCUGA